UUGUUAAAUAAUAAAUCGUUUUCCUCUUUUCCCCCUUUAAUAGUCUUUUACUUUCUAAAGAAUUAAAUAUAUGCUUGACGAUAUUUUUAAUUCGUCUAAUUUCCCAGUGCGUCAUCCUCGGCAGCGGUUUAUAGAAAGAAAAUCCGUGACCUCGCGACAUAAUUUCGCUAUAGAAUCCGACCGGGUGCAACAGUUUGAAGUCAAGGCGAGAAGUUAAGGGUAGCGUCUGGCGUCUCGAAUCGAUAUAUCACGCGAUUACGAAAGGGAUAUUGUACGGAAAUAUCUCCCCCUCGAGUUCUGCAUGGCAUUUGAUCGCGGUCGACGCGUGUCGCGCAUCCUUGAUCGCCCGCUCUCCUCCACCACCUCUUCCUUUUUUCUCGACGAGGGCCGUGCCGCAGCCAGUCGUGGUAACGCGCGAUUUAUUAUUUAACGGGAAUAAUCGAUGGCUUAUGGAUACGUAUACCGGUCGCGAUAGUACAUCCUCCGCGACAGCCGUCAUUUUCGCGAUGGUGCCGCGCCAGGAGGCAGGAAAAACCGCGCGUCGCGGCACGUGAAGUCGUUUCUCUUUCGUGCGAGUGAAAAGAGGAGCAGACUGUACGUAGAGUUCUCGGGAACUAUGCUGGCGAGAUUCAGGAACAGCUUCUGCUGUGUCAUGCCCAAAUGUCCGGCUAUCCAUAUUCCAGGGAUGGAGAAGCCGGAGUCCUCCGCGGGAGGCGAGAGCGCCGUCGAGCUCGAGGAUCGGGACCCCAACAGCCUGAACCAGCAUCUUCAGGUGAUGUGGGACGAUGUGAUCGGAGAACCGGAAGGAAUCCGUAGUCCCGAGUGCGCCUGGCGUCUGAGUGGACACUGUUUCCGACUCUCCAGAGGAUGUUGUUACGUGCUUCUCUCCGUUCUCGUGGCGCCUAUACUAGCUCUCUGUUUGGGUUUCACAUUCGCCUGCCUCGCUUUUCAGCAUAUAUGGUGCGUCGCGCCAUGUCUGCGCGUGUGGAAAAUCACGUGCGCGGCGACGCGAAAUUUCUUUGCGGCGGUGACACAUGCGAUUGUCCGGCCGAUCAUGGAGGCGAUGGGUUACCUCUGCCACAAUAUUCGCAUAUUCAAUCAGAAACUGCCGGAUGGUCCUUAUCAAAAGGAGGACCUGUUGGUCGUAUAAUCAACGAUCCUGCAACGGCGAAUCAAAUUCGUAUAUCGUUAUCAGAGUUUCGUAUCUUUUUCAACACAUGACACGAGCAAAUGCGCUUCGAAAUGCAUUAAUAGUAUUAUUACUAUCUAAAUAGAGAGUUACAUAUACUCUCUCGAGGAGAUGUCUAAUUCUAGAUAAAGAUUCUUGUGGCAUGAUAUGUCCGAAUGCAAAGUUGUUACGCGAGAUAAAAAAGAAUAAUUUAUAUAUUAGAUUUUAAUAUGAAUAUAUCAGAAUAUUAAUGAUAGCAUUGAAUCUAUAUCGCAUAUGAUUAGGAAGAUUUAUUUUUGUAGUCUGAGUUUUACUCGUGCAAUAGUAAUGCCAAGGAAUUUCGUUAAAUUAUCUGCAAUACUGUUAUAUGCGACAAGAGUUAAGUACAGUAAGUGUAAAGGUCUCCCUUGUGUGCGUUUUGGCCUUGUAAGAAUAUAAUAAUUUUAACCUGACGCAUGUCUCUCUCGGGGUAGUUGCAGAUCGCGAGUUGAAAAGUUUAUAGGGCAAACUAAGCAAUGUGUUAUACGCGCCAAUUUUUUUCUUGUUUAUUUCUUUGUUGAGAUUUCUCGAAUUUAAUAUGCCUCGUUAUAUAUUUUCGGAUAAGAAUAAUUAUUCGAAGUAGAACAAUCUAAAAACGAGAGAAUCUGUUCAGGAAAAUUAAUCGAAAAUUCUAAUUAAAUCUUAGUGAUAUAAAAUUAUCAUUGAAAAGCUACAUACAUACGAAAAGCUAAAAUUCUUUAAAGUUAUAUCAAAAG